AUGGCAUCUCGCCCAACUGUCACCAUCGCUAAUGCUGAGGGCAAGCCCAGCGGUGAAACUCACCCUUUGCCCGCUGUUUUCACAUCGCCAAUCCGACCCGACAUUGUCCAGUCGGUGCACACUGGUAUCGCGAAAAAUAAGAGACAGCCAUAUGCCGUGAGCGAGAAGGCCGGUGAACAAACUUCCGCUGAGUCCUGGGGUACUGGACGUGCUGUCGCUCGUAUCCCCCGUGUCUCUGGAGGAGGAACACACCGUGCUGGCCAAGCUGCUUUCGGUAAUCAGUGUCGCGCCGGUCGUAUGUUCGCUCCCACUAAGGUCUGGAGAAAGUGGCAUCAGAAGAUUAACCUUGGCCAAAAGCGAUUUGCUACCGCCUCUGCCCUGGCUGCUUCGUCCGUCCCUGCCCUUCUUUUCGCCCGUGGUCACCGUGUUGCCAGUGUCCCCGAAGUUCCCCUCGUAGUUGAUUCCAAGGCCUUCGAGAACAAUGCCAUCGUUAAGACAAAGGCUGCCAUCGCCCUUCUCAAGAACGUCGGAGCUGGCCCAGAUCUCGUCAAGGUCGAGGAAUCCCGCAAGAUCCGCGCUGGAAAGGGCAAGAUGCGUGGCCGAAGAUACCGCCAACGCCGUGGACCUCUCGUCGUCUACAACCCAGAUGUCGAUGGAAAAGACCUAGUCAAAGCCUUCCGCAACAUUCCCGGUGUUGAGACUUCCUCCGUUUUCUCCCUCAACCUCCUCCAGUUGGCCCCUGGCGGCCACCUUGGUCGCUUCAUCGUCUGGACCUCUUCCGCCUUUGCCGCACUUGACGCCAUCUACGGUUCUACCACCACCCCAUCCGCCCUCAAGAAGGACUUCCUCCUCCCAUCCAACCUCGUCUCUAACGCUGAUAUCACCCGCCUUAUCAACUCUUCCGAAGUCCAAUCUGCCCUCCGUGAGCCAAAGGGAUACGCCAAGACCAAGAGAACAGGCGUCCAGAAGAAGAACCCUCUCAAAAACAGACAAGUCCUCCUCCGACUCAACCCAUACGCUGCUGCCUUCUCGAAACAGAAGCUUGGCCAGAAGGGCCUUGAUACCGGCAAGCCUGAUCGUGCUGGUGAGACUUUCCACAAGAUUCUGGCUCAGGAGUAA